CGGAUCAAUGUUUUAACUUAACAGCCAAAAUGCACAAGGGGAAAAUGGUACAGAGCACUGUUAAAUAUAAAGUACUUGCAAGCGAUGUGCAAGAUGAAAACGACAACGAUUGUAAUGAAGAAGAAGACAAUGAAGAAAUUACGAUAGUUUCCCAUUCUGCGACAACAGGUGCUCUACCCUGCUAGAGACGCGACGCGACGAGACAAACGGCAACGCAGAAGAACACCUGCAUUGACUGCGAUCGGAUCAUCUUUCACGUUUGGCUGCGUCGCGUCGCGUCGCUAGCAGCAGCAGGGUGUUCCAGUGUAAAUGUUCUCAAUAUUAUGUCGUUAUACUCCUGCCAGGCCCUUCAUCAAUCAGCAAAGACAGAUAAGGAAAAGAGACACCUGUAUCAGGGUCAUGGUGGCUGUGAUUCUUCUGGGAAUUGUUUUUGGAUUUAUGUUGUAUGAAUGGAAUUGCUAUUGGCCUGGAGUUGAAGAGCGUCAGGACCUGUCACAUCAUCAGGAGCCUAACAAGACACACAAGACCUCUGAGGAUGAAGACCACGAACACCACGAGCAUGGAGAAGAUGAUGAUCACGACAAGGACCACAACCACAAAGAUAAUAAUAAUCACACUCAUGAGCACAGUCCACAUCUGUACCACAAUGCUGCUAUCAUCACAGACUCAGCAAACUGCUCCAGUAUUGGUAAGAAGCUUCUUCAGGAGCAAGGGAAUGUGGUUGAUGCCGGGAUUGCUGCUUUACUCUGCCUAGGAGUUGUUCAUCCACACACUGCUGGAUUAGGUGGAGUGUUUUCUGCAAUUUUGUACAAUCACUCUACAAAAUCAUUUAAAGCAAUACAUCACACCUCUCAGAAGCCUCCUAUAUACAGAGCUCCCUCAUUAUUGCAGGGCCUUCAACUGCUGCACUCCAACUACGGGCAUUUAGAAUGGAGUCGGCUUUUUGAGGGCGCCACGAAACUCGCUAAAGACGGUUUCCUUAUCGAUGGAAUCCUCUCCAAGGCUUUAAAAGCCCACAGUGACAAAAUACUCCAGCCAGGAUUGUCCGAUCUGUUCUGUGAUACGGACGGCCGUGUGAAAUCAGAGGGCGACAUUGUUGCCAAUAGGAAUCUAUCAGAACUUUUGCUGAGCGUCAGCCUAAAUGGCUCCAAUUUACCAGAAAAGCUAGCCGUAAAAUUGGCUCAAGACAUUUCUGAAGCUGAGAGGCCGGCAUUCCUUGCUGCCGUUCAAGCCGGCAGCGGAGAAAUCAAUGAGCCCCUUAUCUUGGAAAAGGAGAAAUACAGGAUUCUUUCAGCCCCCUUAAGUCUCACAGGUGCAAUGGUAUCCAAUUUAUUAGAUAGAGUACGAGAGCAAAACCUCACUUUUCCGAGCCACGGAGAUCUCGGUAAUGCCUCUGCCUCUUAUAAUGCUCUCUUACAUUUGGCGAAUGAAUUCUUCAACACAAGUCAGAGAGAGAUAUUCACAUUAAAUACCACAAGCAGUCACGUAGGAGUCCUUGAUAGUCACGGCAAUUUCAUAGUAAUCUCCACCUCGCUCAACAGCACAUGGGGAUCCGGGCAAUGCUUACCAAGUAGCGGAGUCAUUCUCAAUGACUUUACCUCAGACAUCACUCAGGUGCCUUAUUUUAGUUUCCCUCUAGUGCUCAAGAUAUAUGAAAACGAAGAGGAUCAAGACGACGAGACGCUGUUUGUUGCUGUGACUGGAGGGCUUUCUGCUCUGAUUCAUUCUGUGGUGAUGCUGAGAAACCUGGUUGAUGUUGGACUGUCUGUUCCUGAGACUGUGAGCAGUCCUCUGCUACAUAUAGAGCAGGGGGGUCCUGGGUCUCUGUCUGGCUGUAUGUCUGUCGCCACAAACAACACUGUUGUCCUCCGUAUGCUUUCAGAGCGAGACAGUUGGGUAAAGGAGCUGGGGGAAUGUUCAUGUGGCUUUCUGUCUAUGCAUCUGCAGCUGAAAGCAAAACAUGUAGGAGCCUACGGAGCCACUAAGGUUAAUGCUGAUGGAUACUAAGGCACAAAAAUAAAUAAAUUAUGCACAUUAAGAGCAUUUCACGUAUACUCCCCAUGACUGUUGUUAUGUCCAGCCUCACAUUACAGGGAAUGUUCUGUAUGCGAAUGUAAUUGUUUUGUAAUUGUAAUGGU